AUGUCUAACCAGCAAGAUCCCUGGUCUAGUCAACAACGAUCCCUUGGACAGCAAUUCAACCGUCAACAUCCACCUGUAUUACCACCUCCAGCCACAUUAGAACAAGGUUCCCAACAGUUUUACCCGUUACCAAAUUUGCCAAGUUUAGGAAAUGGUAGUGGCCACCACUCCCAACAUGGCCAUGGGUUCACAAUCCCUUCAAUACACCCGGUAAACGAAUCCGUUCAACUAGGACAUAAUUCCGAUCACUCAAGACAAACGCCAGAAAUUAGGAGACUUUCUGUUGGAGCAUUUGCAAAUCCAUCUAAUUCAGCCUUACCACCACCAGCUACCUUGGCCAGUAUCAACUCUGACCACCAAAUUGUUGGUCCCGAAGUAGGUGCACAACCACCACCAGCAGCACCUUCUGCCCCUCCCCCUCAAUUACUGCCAUCACAACCGCAACAGCAACAGCAACCACAACCGCAACCGCAACCGCAACCACAACCACAACCGCAACCGCAACAGCAGCAACAGCCUCAGCAACAACAACUGCUGCAGCUGCAGCCGCAUUCUCUUCAACAACCCCAAUCAGUUGGUGUUGUCAAUAAUGCCGCUACAAUUGGAGGGAUUCCAAAUAGAUCCACCACCAGCAAUGUGUACCGACCAUUAAAUGUCAAGGACGCGUUAUCAUAUUUGGAUCAAGUCAAAAUUCAAUUCUAUAACCAAUCCGAGGUUUACAAUAAUUUUCUUGAUAUAAUGAAAGACUUUAAGUCUCAAAGUAUCGACACGCCAGGAGUUAUCGAUAGAGUCUCAACUUUGUUCAAAGGACACCCUAACUUAAUACAAGGGUUUAACACCUUUUUGCCUCCAGGCUACAAAAUAGAGUGCUCACUAGAUCCCUCGGAUCCCAAUCCAAUUAGAGUUACGACACCUACGGGAACAACAACAGGCUCAAAUAUUGCAGGGACCUCUUAUAAUCAGGGAUGGGGUAAUGAUGAAAAUUCAGUUGCCGCGACUGUUUCGCAACAGCAACAACAACAUCACCAUCAACAGCAUCCUCAUCAACAUCAGCAACGCCAACUUGACGAUGGAGCUGUUAACCCAACUAAUGGCUCUGGUCAAAUUGAGUUUAACCAUGCUAUUUCUUAUGUGAACAAAAUAAAAACGAGAUUUGCAAAUCAACCUGACAUAUACAAACAGUUUCUUGAGAUUUUGCAGACCUAUCAAAGGGAACAAAAACCUAUUGCCGAAGUUUAUGAACAGGUGACUCAACUUUUUGCAAAUUGUCCUGAUUUAUUAGACGAUUUCAAGCAAUUCUUACCGGAUACGACUAAUCAAGGUUUUGCACAGACCCGGCAAAUGGAUUUGGGUCAAAACAAAUACUAUAUCAAUAACGAAACACAGUUACCUCCAGUGGGAAAUUUUCAACCAAUUGGACAAGGUUUUGGUCAAUCGCAAUAUGUUCAGCAUCAACCGCAACAGCAGCUGCAGCAAAAUCAGCAACAACAACAACAACAACAGCUGCAGCAGCUGCAGCAGCAUCAACAACAACAACUCCAACAACAACAACAACAACAACAACAACAGCAGCUGCAGCUGCAGCUGCAGAAACACCAACAGCAGAAACAGCAACUUGGUAUCAAUAGUUUAGGAUUGACAAGCCCGGGACAAAGAGAUUUGUAUGAGGGACCAACAGCCGAACUUGUUUCCUCAAAAGGGAAGCAAACAUUUGAAGUGAGUAUUGACAAUUACAAUCAAGAAGCUCAACUUUCAGGGGUUCGUUCAGGAUUAACUGCACCCAAGCUGACAAAAGCUCAAGGGCGUUCUAAUGCAGCAGGAACCGGACAAGUGGUCAUUCCAACACCGAAUGCAACUUUGGUGCCUGGUAUUCCAGAGCCCGUGCCUCCUGCCAAAACAGUCAAGAGCUCUUCACUCUCGGAAGAGAUUGGCGCUUUUGAUAAGAUAAAGAAGGCAUUAGGAAACAAGCAAACUUAUAGCGAAUUUUUAAAGCUUUUGAAUUUGUUCACACAAGACAUUAUUGAUAAAAACACUCUUGUGGAGCGUGUUGAGGGUUUUUUGGGUGAUACAAAUGCUGAUUUAUUUGAGUGGUUCAAGGUAUUUGUUGAAUAUGACGACAAGCCUCAAAAUUUAGAAAAUAUAACGUUUAAGAAACACGCAUUGGAACUUUCAUUGUGUAAGGCAUACGGUCCUUCAUAUAGACAACUCCCUAAGGUAGAGACUUAUAUGCCAUGUUCUGGUAGAGAUGAAAUGUGCUGGGAAGUAUUGAAUGAUGAAUGGGUGGGACAUCCAACGUGGGCAUCGGAGGACUCGGGCUUCAUAGCUCAUCGUAAGAAUCAGUACGAAGAAGUUUUGUUUAAAAUUGAGGAAGAGAGACUUGAGUUUGAUUAUUAUAUGGAAUCAAAUUUGAGAACCAUACAAAUAUUGGAGACAAUUGCCAACAGAAUUGCCAAUAUGACACCCGAACAAAAGGCCAACUUUAAGCUACCUCCAGGUUUGGGUCACAACUCAACUACAAUUUACAAGAAAGUGAUACGAAAAAUAUACGAUAAAGAUCGUGGAUUUGAAGUUAUCGAUGCACUUCACGAAAAUCCAGCAAUAGCAGUGCCUAUUGUAUUGAAGCGAUUGAAGCAAAAAGAUGAGGAGUGGAAACGUGCUCAAAGAGAAUGGAAUAAAGUUUGGAGAGAAAUGGAACAGAAGGUGUUUUACAAGUCUUUGGAUCAUUUGGGACUUACUUUUAAGCAAGCAGACAAGAAGUUGUUUACGGCUAAGCAGCUUGUUAGCGAGAUCAGUACAGUGAAAGUUGAGCAACAAAAUAAAAGACUUCACCCACUCACUCCCAAACCUCAAGAGCAGUUACAUUACAAGUUUGAUGAUCAAGAAGUUUUGUUCGAUGUCUUCAAGUUGGCUAGUGUGUUUAUCAAUAAGUCAUCCUCGUACUCAUCUCACGAUCGGGAAAAACUAACCCAGUUUUUAAAGUUUUUCAUUUCCUUAUUUUUUGGCAUACCAACAGAAGUUGUUGAGAAGGCAGUCCAAAGCCGAGGUGAAGAAACUACUGCGGGGGAUGUUGAGGAUGAAGGGUCUUCAGGUAGCACUCCACAGCUGGCGAACAAUUCUUCUACUGACGCUUCUUCCAAGAAGAGAUUGCGAGACAGUGAUUUGCUUAAGAAUGUAUUGAAAAAGGCAUCAAAAUCAAAGAAGGAUGAUGCUGCAGAUUCUCCCGAGCACCAAGGAACGGAGUCUGCUUUACAGGAAGUUAACGAAGAAGUAGAAAAGUCUGGCGAAUUGUGGGUUACAUCAGCAAAUACCAAGUUUUCCUCAAAGGAUGACUCUCUGCUCAAAAAGAGAGAGAAUUUUAACCUCUUUUGCAACACCACUAUUUACGUUUUUUUCCGCCAUUUGACAACUUUGUACGAGAGAUUACUCCAUAUCAAGGAAAUGAACGAAGCUGUCGGUAACGAAAUUAGGAACAGAAAGUACCCGCAAUUUGCAAAGGACUUGAAUUUGCUUUCGCAUCAGUUACAAAAUAUGGGAAUUGAGAUUGUAGGUACAAAAGAUUGCUACGAACAAGUUCUCAGCUUGUCUGAGAGAUUAAUUGAGGGAGAAAUUGAGCACCAAUGGUUUGAGGAGACUUUACGUCAAGGAUAUAAGAAUAAAGCGUACAGAAUGUACACCGUUGACAAGGUGGUGCAAGCUCUAGUCAAACAUGUAUACACUACGAUAACUGAUGUGAAAACGUCAGAAUUAAUGGUAUUGUUCGAAAACGAUCGAUCAAAGCCCACUUCAAGUGCUAAGGAGCAGAUAUUGUACCGUAUUCUGGCUAGAGCUUUGAUGACGGCGGACGAAAACAUGUUCAAAAUCAACUACAAUGAAAAAACUCAUAUGGUUAAUAUCCAAUUUAUCAGUUUAGAUGACUUAACUUUGAAUGACCAAAACAGCCCCGAAGAGCAAUAUAACUACUACGUGACAAGCUACGUAAUGUCUCAUCCUACAGAGGGUGUUCCUGCAUCCAAAUUGAGCAUGCCAUUUUUGAAAUCGUUUAUCGAAGAAGUAGAAGAGGAUUCUGUUGAAGGUCGUGUAGUUUCAAACUUGAAGGUGGCCAUUGCUGAAAAUUCGUAUAAAUUGUAUUUCGAUAGCGGGCAUGAUGAGUAUAUUUCCAAAACGACAUUCAAGAGUCAAGAGGAGGAAGGCAAGAGUUUAGAUGAAAGUAUUAAAAGUUUCAAAAAGUUGAUUGACGAGAAAUUAUCAUUAAAGGACGACGAUGAGGCAGAUAUGGCUUUAGAAAAUAAAGCAUCCGCUUAA